AUGCUCCGGCUCAGGCAUCUACUCCGGAAUCCCCCAGCACGCGCCUCUCUCCUCCGUGUCGCCCCUCCCCCGCCGUGCAAUUUCAGAAUACUCGAAUGUUCGACAUGUAAGAUUUCAACGGCCUUGGCUUCGGUGAGUCUCGUGGUCCCUGGACCUGUUCCAAGCUUGGCUUGUCAUGCUCAUGCAGACACUGCUAGGUCAUUUUUCUCCAAGCUCCUGCUUUACGGCACUGCAUUGUACCUAUGGCAUUCAUUCGUCCUGGCACGGUUCGAUGACGAUUCCCUUGACACGGAUUCAAAUACACCCAGAGGCGAUGACUCGGCAGAUGAAGAAGCGGAAGAUGAGGGCCCUUUGUUUAUUCCACUGUCCUGGGCCCGAUUGCAACAAGGCGACCUGUACACAGUAAAGGAUCCGGAAUGGCAAGAGUUUGUCAAGAUAUCCAAAGAUCGAAAGCAGCUCCAGAACUUACGAGACGAACUUGCCUCAAUUGUCCUGGAUACUGCCUCAGAUGGGAUCGCUCCUAUACUCGGAAGUCCUCUUUCUAUCACAGGGUUUUGGCUUGUUCAUCAGUUUCCAUCUCGUGCUCCUCCUACAUACACUCAGUCAGGUCUAGAGAUCACGGAUGACGGAAUAUCCUGGAUCUCGAAUAAACCCAUGGAGCCCGAUGUCGGCGACCGGCUACAGAAGUUUAUGAAUCCAUUCCAUGUGGCACUUGCCAUCAAAGAUACCUAUAUGGUACUAGCGAAAAGGCAACUGAACCGCUUUAGGAAUCCUGAAGGGCAGCCGGUUGAUGCCCUGGAAUUUAUGAAUCAAAAACCCCUGCCGCCCGGAAGAGAAAGGCUGGAUGAGGUCAGCCAACUUGAACAACCCAAACUGCGGCCCCCAACCCCCGAAGGGCUUGGGGGAAACGCGGCAUCUAACAGUGAAAGCACAGAGUACCAUUCGUCCUCAAUCAUAUCUUCACUGCAGCGGCUACCGUUACCCGACCUGGGCCCUGGGUCGGAUCUACACUUGGCAUCAAUGGCGUUCAGGCUGCGGUUGAAGGAGUAUCAAGCCCGUGCACCCCGCACGCCUCGCCGAGGCACUUUCUUCAUCUCUGGCCCUGUGGGGUUGAAGGGCCCGCAUGGCUUUUGUCGAUUUGAAGUGCGCGGCGAAUAUGACCCCGUCAAGUCUGGGUGGAGAACAGUGGAAAUGAAGUUGAAGGACGUCAACCUUAGGAGACAAAGAGCCCUGGGAGGUCGGUGA